AUGCAAAGUCAAGGAGCGGGAGUCACGCAGGAUGAGCAGCCGGGAAAGGUGCUCACGGUGACCGGCGGAACUGUGGUGCGCGCGGAGGCGAAGGGGCAGAUACCGACCUCCGCCCCGCUGGAGGAGGAGAUGGACAACCAGGAGAACAUCAUCAGCCAGUUGCUGGGAGAUUACGACAAAGUGAGAACGAUAUCAUCUGGCUCAGACUGUGUUUGCCGCUGCAUCGUUCGACCAAUCAGACGCUCCGAUUGCAGCCGCAUGCAGGACAGUGACAGUGGAGCGCAGGUCCGGGACACGUACAGUGUGGAGACAGUGACCGAAGGUAAAGACUGUAAACGCUGUGAGUGUUUGGCCCCGCCCUCCGCUGUGAACCCAUGUGAAGGAGACUAUCGCUUUAAGAAGCUCCAGGAGGCCAGCAAGGAUGACAUCAAGCUUGCCACCAUAAUAGAUCUGCUUGAAGGGUCCUUAUACGGCAUGGACUUGUUAAAGUUGAAUUCUGUGACCACUAAACUGCUGACCAGAGUCAACAAACUUGAGAAAACCUUUGCUGGUAACUUGGCUGAAAAAUUAAAAGAGAAGGAACGAAUAAAGGAAAAAGAAAAGAAGUCUCAACAGAGAAAGAAGAAAGUGAAUGAUUUGGAGAGAGUGGGUCAGAGGAGUGGAUCUUCCAGCGCCAACAAACAGAAAUCAUCUGAAUCGGAAGAAACACACACAAAAAAUAACACAAAGAUUCUAAAAACAUUUCAAGAUAAACUAGAGACAAAGUCAACAAGCACGGACAAGAACAUCAUGGUUGUGAAAGGCGUCACUUUUUAUAAAUCUGAAGAGACUGAACCAACCAUUGAGAAAGAGCAGACCAGGAAUCCCAAAGGAAGAAGUAUCGACUUGCUGAUAUCCGAUGAGCUUCCUCCGACACGCCCUGGCAUUUCUACUGUGACUGCUAAAACACAUUUUCAAGAUGUUACUAUUGCUGCCACUCAGACGACCACCACUACAGCCAAAUUAGUCCCAACGAACGAUACACAGAGAACCACAGCCUCCUCUUCUCGUGUUGAUGCAGGGCCGUCCAUUUUUGCACCACAGCCGGGUGCGAAACCUCGUCUGAGCUGGACUGAGAGCUCUGCGGAUCAGCCCAAGCCCACCAAGAAACCUGGUUUGUGUAAAGACACAGUGGCUAGUAUUUCUGAACCUGCCCAGCACAACACAUACGGUUCACCGGAUGGAGCCUGGAUGAGAGAUGCGCGAGGCCACGGGAGUGUCAUCUAUUUGACAGAUGGUCACUAUGGCAACAAUCUUCUGGAGUUCCGAGACAUGGACACCUUUAAAUCAGGGCAGUCCAGUAACUCAUAUAAGCUGCCGUAUAGCUUCACCGGGACGGGGCACGUGGUCUUCGACGGGGCCUUCUUCUACAACCGAGCCUUCAGCCGCGACAUCAUCCGCUUCGACCUGCGGCGCAGAUUUGUAGCUGCUUGGACCACACUGCAUGACGCCCUCCUGGAGGAACAGGCCCACAGGACGCACUCUGAGGUGGAGUUGGCUGUGGACGAGUCGGGUUUGUGGGUGCUGUAUCCUGCUCUGGACUCCGAAGGCUUUCACCAGGAAGUGCUACUGCUCACUCAGCUCCGUCCCCGAGACCUGCAGCCAAUCCAGACCUUCCGCACGGGUCUUCGCCGUAGCCGUUAUGGGAACAGCUUCCUGGUUUGUGGCGUGCUCUAUGCAGUGGACAACAUCCAGCAGCAGUACGCUAACGUGACAUACGCCUUUGACACGCACACACUUACACACACCGUGCCGCUCUUAGCCUUCACAAGCACACACCUGCACACGGCUCAGCUCAGCUACUGCCCCCUGGAUAAAAAACUGUACUCAUGGGACAAUGGCCACCAGAUGAUGUACGACGUCAACUUUGCCUAUUAG